AGGCCCGAGGGAGGACUCUGGCGGUCCUUACAGCUUCGGCACCAUUCGCCGGGGCACAACAGGCAUUCCGAUGAAGGGCAGCGGCAGCGUUUGAAGCGGAUCGCACUGGGGCUGCAAGUUGAGGAGAAACACUGUCAUUCAUUCUAUGAUGUCUUAGAUGUGCAGGCUAUUUGCCAGGAUGCCAUUGUCACACAACAGUUUCUGCAAGAGGGAUUUCACAGGGACCUAUUGAUGAAGGUAGAACUUGGUAAAAUGGGAGAGGAUAUAGAAGGAUGUACAGUGGCAGCUAGAACUCUUCUUCCAGCAGGAAUCUAUGUGGAUCCCUAUGAGCUGGCAUCAUUACAGCAGCACAACUUAACAAAGGUGGUGUUAAUUCCUGACGCUGUUGAUGUAGAGGCUCCUGAGUACUUAGCCACAGAUCUUGCUGUUCUUAUAUACCUGAAACCCGACCCUCAGUGUUCCCACUGUUUUAGAGCUGCCUUGCCUGUGCAUGGACGAUACCACCGACCAGCAGAAAACAAUGCAGAAGUGUUGGUUGUUCUGAAGAGUCCAGAAGUACUGAUCUGCUGCUGUGACAAUCGCCUGUUGACAGAGUGUUGGAAACCUUCUGAAGUGGAAGCUUGCUGUCCAGGGAGAAAAGACUACCCCUGUCAGUGGUAUAGUGUAAAGCACAAACCUGUAUAUGAGGAAUUGAUUAUGCACGUUCCAGUGGGGCUCAGACAACAUAGUUUCUUAGUGUGUAUCGUGACUCUUCUUACCACGGUCCUGUGUUCCAGCCUGAUUCUUGCAGCCUUGUGUAAAUACGGACACUUCUCCAUGGAGACUUGCUCAGAACAGAAGUAAAGUAGUAUGGAAUGACUGAGUUCAGUGUAGUAAAACUAAGAGAAUAUUGAUUGCAUCAGCCUCCUAAAUGAAUCCUACUCUACUAUUACUUAUUGGUAGUAUGUGAGGGUCCCAUAAUGGAUUAUGGUUCUCUGCCUAAUUCUUACAAACACCUUUCCACAUAUAAGACAGUUUCAGCUCAUCGUAACUAAACAAAGCAGAUGAAGGAUGAGAAUAGCACUGCAAAGAGCAGAAAUGACUUGCCACAGGCUAUGCAGCAACAGUCAAGAACAGAGUCUUGAUCUCUGAUUCCCUCUUUAACCUCCCCUGCCUGCCCCCCACCCAGAGCCUGCUUCAACUGUAAUGCCGUCUCUUGCGGAGAUGUUUGUAUUUCUUGAAUUUUAAUAAAUGAACUGACUUGGGAAUUGGUUAUUAAGGAUAUGAAAAGCUUUAUCUACUCAUUUAAAUUUCUGAAUUCUAAGCUUGUUUACACAGUCCAGGUUGGUUAUCUGUAAGUUUGUGAAGAGACAUUCUGUGCUUACUUAGGACAAUAAAAGCCUUAAAUAAUAACCCCCCCAACACACAUUUCCCCCCCCCCCCAACACACACACACAUUUUAUUCAGUGACUGGGAGGUAUCACAACUUGGUCAAAUAAAUCAGAUUUUAAAGAAGGCUUUGAAAAUUUGAAAGAAAUCUGGACAAAUAAUCCUUAGAAGAGGAGAGCUGGUGAAGAGAUGCCAAGUAGAAGCAAAUAUUUAGAAGACUUGCAUUCAGUCAUCAGAACAGUUGAUAAAUACAAGGAAAUGGAGAGGAAGUUACUUCACUAAUGGAAAAACUGAGUUGCUUUGAGUUGACAGAAGAGCUUGGUUGUUGUCAGUAGGUGGUGUUGUGAGCUUUAAGUAACUCAUAAGGACUGCAGAGAAAACAGAUUUUAUUCCUAUAAGCUCAGAAUUACUAAAAGCAGGUGAUUUUGGGUGGGGGGAUGUGAAUGAAAGUUCUGUCUGUCAGAUUCUGUCCUCCUUUUGAAACCUUUAUAUGCAGCCCAGACUUCUCAUCAGCAGACUAGGCUUUUCAUCAUUGUCCAGCUGUAGCCUCAGGAUCCCUGUGGACAUCCUUCCUGUGCUUCUGCUUGAAAUCAGAAGAAAGCUCAUCUUGUGAUUUUUUUUUUAUUUUUUUUUUUUGGCCCAUGACAGGUUGGCAAGUGCACUGACACUGGCCUCUUGUUUUCCCUUGACUGUGCUGAAUGAUGAUGGUUGCGCCAGGACUUCAUCCGCUACCUCAGUGCAUGACUUUUCUGCAUCUGUUUGGGGGAAGGGAGAAAUUAAAAGAGAACAAUUGCAGAGAGAUUUGGUAACAAAUUUAACCAUAUCAGUGCAGCAGCACUGUGACAGGAUAGACUGUGAAUCAGUAUUGUAACACUUGUCUCUGAGCAAGAUUUUUUUUUGUUUUUAUUCCCAUAGUUGAGUUUGUUCUUGUGCUCUGUCAUAUGCAGGUACAUAAUUCUAUGUUGUACUCUGACCCUUGUGCCAGCAACAUCCCCGUUUGUCAUUCAUCUCUGGCAGAUCUUUUUGCUUCUGAAAGCUCAUAUCAAUUGGAUAAUAUCAAUUGAAAAUCAGUUUGAAUUACUUAGGUAAAACAAGCUGCCUAAUAUCCUAGUCUAGCAAAAGGAAACUGAUUUCCUUGUGACAAAUGAGUAAAAUAUUGCUAUGACAAAAUAUGAAUAGUGGAUGAUUUAGAAAUCAGUACAAGUGAUGUGGUGAGAAUGGAAGCCCAUAUUAGUGGUAAGCUAUAGUAAAAGGAAACUGAAGCAGGAGGGGCUUGAAUUACAGAGGGCUUAGCACAAUCAGUUCAGAACAAAUAGAUGAUAUCAGAGCAGUUCAAAAGUGGCUGCUACUGGAGGAGACUUCAGGGUGCUAUUCAGUUUGGAGGGCACCUGGCUUACUAAGUGUAUGUAACAUCCUUCAGGAUCCACUGAUCAGCUUCUAGACUGAGCCUGGGUAAUACUGAUUCUCACUGAUGUAAAAUAUGAGAUUAAAAAAAAAAAUUCUCAGUGUAUAUUUUUUGCUGUGGUGAAUAGCAGUGACUUGCUGUUUUUAAAUUCAUAGUAGUUGUGGUAUAAAAAUACAGUAGACAGGAUCUUCUCUAAAAGCUGUAACUAAGUAUACUAACCACUGUAAUGUUAAGAAUGAUGGAAUUUGAGCUCCAAGUUAAACUUUCUGUCCUUUGCCAGCGCUUACUGUCAUUAAACAAGCAUUGCAAUCAA